CUUUUCGAAGUUUUUAUUGCAUUAUCGCUGCUGCCAGUCAGUCAAAUGGCAUGACGCAGGAAGACAAGAUAUUACAGUUUGCUCAACGUCUAAACAGUAGAAUAAAAACUGCUGAAAGUGAACGAGAUUCUCUUAUGAAGAAAAUUGAAAACCUUCAAAUACAAAAACUGGUUGUUGAAGGAAUACUAGGACUUGUGAAGUUUAACUCAAUAAGACUAAAUUAUAGAAAUUGACUGUUAUUACCCAACUGAUUUUCUUUCAUUCUAGAUCAGAUUCAGCAAUUUGGUACAGCUAGUAAACUAUAGGUGUAUUGCUGGUGUGAUACAAAGGCCGAAUUGAGCAAUUAUUUUGUCUUCUAUAAUAAUGAUAGAUAGUGGCUAGCAAUGGAAUCCAGGACUCGUCAGCUAGAUGUACCUGCCUAUCAAUCAAUUAUCUGAUUUUUCAUCACAGCCAGUAAGCGGUAGUAAUCUUUCUCGCAAUAAAGAAACUUUGAAACAAAAGUCAUAUCAAGUAAUUGGUACUAACAAUCAAGUGUUUCCUUGUCGAGAGAAUCAUCAUCAUCAUCAUCGACAGUCUACUGAAUACUACACCAUUAACAAAAUGCAACAGUUGGAUCGAUUAAAUAAUCUGAAUCAGAAUGAAAAUCAUCCUAUGAAAUGUGGAGAUCUUGCCGCCAACAGUAUCUGUAACAGGAAUAAAUUCUAUUCAGGAUGUAUUGGUAGUGUCUGUUAUAUCCGAUUGAAUCGUCUUAUUCGAAAACUUCAACAUUUAACUGACCAUUAUCAGAAUCAUUUACAGACAUGUUCUUGUGUUGUUCAACAAAAUUGUCCUAAUAUCCGUAAUACUUUAAAUCAAAUAAAUUGUCUAACUACUGAUCAAAAAUUCUCUAUACCAUCUAUGCAAUCAGAAAUGCUUACUUGUUCUCAUCCACCUGGACUAUUAUUUUCAUCAUCAUCAAAAGAUUGUUUAUAUACAUCGAAUUUACACAAUAAAUUGAUCACAAAUGAUGUGAAUCACAACACAAAUGAAAUAGAAAUGCCAACAAAAGAUGGGAACCGUUCGAAAACCUUAUUGGCACAGUCUAUACCUUUGUGUAUAACUCCAACUAGUGAUUCUGAAGUUUGUUGUGCAGUUACAGUUAGACCAUGUCAAAAAAUUCUCAAUGUCAACAGUAAACUACCUUCAUCAAUUAAACAUUUCACUGGAAUACAUGAAAACAAGAAAAACUUAUCACAAAGUACGUUGCCUGUAAUAAGUAAAGUUGUUGAAGAUCCUGUAGUAAGCAAGAAAAUAGCUUGGAGAUGACCUAACGUUUACUUAUAGAAAGUGUUUCAGAAGUUAAACUUAUUUUUCUUAGAAAAAUCUUAUCAGUUGUUCAAGAAGUCAUUCAUAUGUAUGUUUUUCUUUAAUAAUAUUGUUCAAGAUUUUUAAUUGACAUUUUAUAUAUUACUUCAGAUUUAGAUGUUUUAUUUCAUCUACUCUACUGAGUUUAUCAAUUUAAUACAAUAAUUCAUUGAUAAGUAAUAUUGACUAGGUUUUAAGACUAAGUUUGUGAAAAUGUUAUUGAGGAAAUAUUUCAACUAGUAGGUAUAUAAUUAUUCUUAGAUGGCUGAUUUUUACGUUUAAAGAUCGAAAUUUAUCAAAAC